AUGCUUCUCCAAGUUCCCAUUAGCCAUGUACUCAUAGACAAUCCCCAUGUUGGUUCCCUCGUUGCAAUACCCAACAAGCAAUGUCAAGCAUUUGUGAUGAAUGUCAUAAGAAGGUCGGUGAUAUCGAUAACGCCACGAAGGGAGGCGUCGAAAAGCGACACUGCCACAAUCUCCAGAAAUUUGGGGAAGGGGAAAGCGGUGGUGUUUGUUGAUGGUCCGCCGGUGGGUUUGUUGAAUGAGAGUGCUGCGAAGGUAGUUUGGAGGAGAACUUGGAGAUGGUUUAGAGAUGCAGGAUUGUUGGAUGGAAAUGAGGAACCAGCAAGCAUUAAUGGAGAAGGUUUCCAAAGCUCGAAAGAGAGGUUGGCCGAGUAUCAAGAAGCAAAUCCUGGUGUUUAUAUAAUUGGUACAUUUCCAUUAUUUUUUGCCGUCAAGUUUGGAGAUUGGGGCCAUGAUAUAUGCUUGCUUCUUGCGACAUUAUACUUCACAUAG